AUGACGUUCGGUCCUUUGGAACAUGGUAGGACGACAGCAGAGGAUCAGGCUAAUGGUAUUGCACGGGAGAUGAAGGAGGUAUUAGAUUUUCUACGAGAUGAGUUGUACCGAGCACAAAGGAUUCAAGAAGAGUCGGCCAAUACGAGUCGGACUCCUGCCCCUCACUAUCAUGUGGGGGAUAAAGUUUUCUUAUCAACACGCCAUGUCCUCACUAAACGCCCUUCGAAGAAACUCGAUUGGAAAUGCAUUGGACCAUAUAUCGUGAAGCGGAUCGUUAAUCCUUAUGCCUAUGAGUUGGAACUCCCUCGUUCUAUGAAAGUUCAUCCCGUAUUCCAUGUCUCUUUAUUGUCGUCUGCAGCAAACGAUCCUUUACCAGGACAACAACAGUUACCACCACCGCCGGUCGAAGUUGAAGGACAGGAGGAGUGGGAAGUUGAGAAUAUUUUGGAUUCCAGGGAUCGUCGAGGAAGAUUUGAAUACUUGGUUAAGUAUGCCGGUUAUGACGAAGCUUCGUGGCAGCCAUUGUCGGAUGUCGAACAUUCGCCCGAUAUUGUCAAACGAUUUCACGAACGAUACCCAUGGAAGCCUAAGCCUACCAGGAGAUAG